ACGUUCAAACAAACGGCAGCAACGAUUCAACACGAAAAGUAUGACAUUAGCGACGAUUUUUCUCGUUUUUCUACCACAUAUACAGUUAACUUUUUGUGCAAGUAAGUUGUCUUUUAUUGACAUUUAUUUUACAUUUCCAUCUGAGAAUUAAUUAAGUUUGUAUUGAAAAUUCUAAUGUGAGUAAUACUAAUUCCCCCUAUUUCUUUCUUACUUAUUAAUAAAAGCAUUGCGGGUAGUAACAACUGAAAAAAAUAACUAGGACCACUAAUUUUCAAAUAAUUUCAAUACUUUCGUUUCUAUUUAUAUUUAUUUAUUUCUCCUUUUAUUUUAUGAAUAAAGAAAUAAAUGUACAAUUUGUAAUCACUUAAUCUCUUCUAUUUUUAAUUAUACUUAUAAUAAACGAUACAUAUUUACCAGAAAGAAUAAUCUUUAUCGUUUCUUUUUAAUUAUUAUUAAUACUAAUUAUCUGCCGUAUUAUUUAUAAUGAAUGAAAAUUAAUUGGAAGUCGUUAAACUGCAAUGAGCUUCUUAAAUCAGUCGACAGCAAAGCGCUAUGAUUCAACAUCUUCCAACGAUGUCAUACCUAAAUCUGUUAUUACUAUUGCCGUUCUCGCAGGAGCUAUUCUCGUUGGAGUUGUUGUUGCCAAGUUAGUAGAUAUAUGCCAUGAUAAACGUUCCCUUAGGGAUGACGCCAGUGAUAUGAGCGAAAAAACAAAAGAGUUUUUGAAAGGCGGAAAAGCCCGUUUAGCCCUAAUGGCAUUUCAAGCUAGUCAUAAUAAAGAAGAACCGAUAAAACCAGAUGCGCAGAUGGCUGCCAAGAAAAUGGCUAAAAUCUGGAGUACUAAAACUAGUAAGAGGACUGCAAAAGCUGCCGCAGAAGCGGCCGGAAGUCCCCCAGUGCUAAAGUCUACAACGGUCAUUGAUCCAGAUUCCGGUCAAAAAAUUGAAAAGUCAGAGAAAGUGGAGCAACCUCGAACAGAAGUUGAGUUGACAGUUGUUAGAGAAGCUUCCGUAUAGAUAAAGUUAUCUGUUGCUGUUUCAAGUUAUUACAAAACCUGCAUAAAAAAUAUUUAUGAAAGUGAAGAAUCUCUCCAAAAACGAACUCUUUCUUUCUUACUUAAAGAAAGAAAUAACAUGUCUUUCUAAUCUCAAAGAACGAUUUACUCAUUAAUAUUAGUAAUUUAAAAUAAAACAUUGCUAUUUUCUAGGAACAUAGCAAAACGAAUUUUUUCUUGAAUUUCCUUUUCAGCUGUAAAGAAAUAUUAUAAAAACC